UUAAGCAUUAUCCAAUCAGAGACGCUGGGCUGGAAACCGUCCAAUCAGGCAGGCAGCUGGAACAAAGAGGACGGCUUCUGGGUUUGGCGCGGCCUUUGUCUCUCUCUGCAUCUGGAGCUAGGUGUUUCCUCUUCACUACUCUGUGCCCUCUGCUCCUAGAGGCGCAGCCUCUGUGGCCCUUUCUCCUGCAGGUAUUGGGAAAUCCACAUCCAAGAUGCCGGGACCCCCUGGAAGCCUAGGAAUGGGACCAUUGCAAUUCAGAGAUGUGGCCGUAGAAUUCUCUCUGGAGGAGUGGCAUUGCCUGGACACUGCACAGCGGAAUUUAUAUAGGGAUGUGAUGUUAGAGAACUACAGAAACCUGGUCUUCCUUGGUAUUGUUGUCUCCAAGCCAGACCUGAUCACCCAUCUGGAGCAAGGAGAAAAACCUUUGACUGUGAAGAGACAUAAGAUGACUGCCGACCCCUCAGUUAUGUGUUCUCAUUUUGCCCAAGACCUUCGGCCAGAGCAAAGCAUAAAAGAUUCUUUCCAAAAAGUGAUACUUAGAAAAUUUGAAAAAUAUGGACAUGGCAAUUUACAGUUUAAAAAAGUCUGUGAAAGCGUGGAUGAGUGUGAGGUACACAAAAGAGGUCACAAUGGGCUUAACCAAUGUUUGACAACUACCCAGAGCAAAAUAUUUCAAUGUGGGAAAUAUGUGAAAGUGUUUCAUCAAUUUUCAAAUUCAAACAAACAAAAGAGAGGACAUACUGGCAAAAAACCUUUCAAAUAUAUAGAAUGUGGCAAAGCUUGUAAGCAGUUCUCAACUCUUACUACACAUAAGAAAAUUCAUACUGGAGGGAAACGCUACAAAUGUGAAGAAUGUGACAAAGCCUUUAACUACUCUUGCAGCCUUACUAGACAUAAGAAAAUUCAUACUGGAGGGAAACCCUACAAAUGUGAAGAAUGUGGCAAAGCCUUUAAGCACUCCUAUACCCUUACUACACAUAAGAUAAUCCAUACUGGAGAACAACCCUACAAAUGUAAAGAAUGUGGCAAAGCUUUUAACCAUCCUGCAACUCUUUCUUCACAUAAGAAAAUUCAUACUGGAGAGAAACCAUACAAGUGUGAUAAAUGUGGCAAAGCCUUUAUUUUAUCCUCAAUCCUUCGUAAACAUGAGAAGAUUCAUACGGGAGAGAAACCAUACAAAUGUGAAGAAUGUGACAAAGCCUUCACUCGUUCCUCACACCUUACUAUGCAUAAGAUAAUUCAUACUGGAGAGAAGCCAUACAAAUGUGAAGAAUGUGGCAAAGCUUUUACAUGGUCUGCAGGUCUCCAUAAACAUAGGAGAACUCACACUGGAGAGAAACCCUACAAAUGUGAAGAAUGUGGCAAAGCCUAUACUACAUCCUCAACUCUAAUGGAACAUAAGGCAGCUCAUACUGGAGAGCAACCUUACAAAUGUAAAGAAUGUGGCAAAGGUUUUAACUGGUCCUCAGAUCUUAGUAAACAUAAGAGAAUUCAUAUUGGACAGAAACCAAGAAUGUGA